UGAUAGCAAGAAGAACAGGGGAAUUGCGUGGCAUGCCCCGGAAAAUAUAUGUGACACCUAUGGUAUGUGUGGAGAAUUUGGAAACUGCAACCCGCAGACUAAACCUAUGUGCAGCUGCUUAAAAGGGUUUGUGCCGAAGAACGCGGAGGAAUGGAGGAGAGGAAACUGGACAAGUGGGUGUGUGAGAAGAAAGAAGCUGCAAUGUGGGGUUCAAGGGGGAAAACAAGAUGGGUUUUUGAGGUUAAAGAUGAUGAAAGUGCCAGUUAAUGCUGAUAUUGCUGAAUGGUUUGUGGGUCUGAAUCCUGAUCAGUGCAGAACAACCUGCCUGGCAAACUGCUCUUGUUUGGCUUAUACACAUGAUACUGGAACUGGAUGUAUGAGAUGGAGCGAGAACUUGAUUGACAUAGAGGACCUUUCACCUGGAGGGGUGGACCUAUUCAUUCGGCUUGAACAAUCAGAGCUAAGUACUAGUAAGAGAUAUGACUUUAGGAACAGCAGUGAUUGCCACUAUCAUAUACUUCCUGUUCAAAUGGAGAGCUCGGAAAAAGGGUAAACACACAUCGGAUAGAAAUAGA